AUGAACUUAGCUGCAGGUAUACCAGGUUUUCGAAAAGUUUAGCUACAGCUGAAAUAACAGAUAUUGGCCUAUAAUUUUCACAGUCUGCCUUAUUUCCUUCUUUAAAUAUGGGGGUCACCUUUGCUAAUUUCCAAUCAUUAGGGAAAAUUGCUCUUUGAAGGGAUACAUUGAAUAUGUUCACUAGUGGUCCUGCCACAAUGUUAGAUGCAUCUUUUAGUAACCUUAUACUAAUACCAUCAAGCCCUGGAGAUUUCUUAGUUUUAAUUUCAUUGAGUGCAUCUAUUGUUUCUUGGAGUGUAAUGCUUGUAAAGUUGAAUAUACUACCAUCAAAAGGAGUCAUAAAGUUCAUUGGAUCAGUGCAGUUACCUGUGAUCUUGUCAGACAACGUACUGCCAAUUGUGGAAAAAUAUUGAUUGAAAGCAUCUGCAAUUUUAUCAUCGUCAGUAAUAAGUUGGCCAUUUAUAUCUAGUUCUUUAACCUCUGAAGUUUUAGGCUUUUUGUUUAAUAAUUCGUUAAUAGUUCGCCAACUUUCUUUGCUAUUUUUAGCAUUGCUUAGUUUAUCUCUAAAGUAUUCUUGUUUAGUUUCUUUUAUGAGAUUAUUUAACUUGUUUUACAUCUCUUGUAAGCCUUAUCAUAAUACGCAGAUCUUAAUUUAAUCGAUUGCUUUUUAAGGUAAUCCCUACGAUAGCUCAUUUGCUUAAUUUCAUUUGUCAGCCACGGUUUAUAUUCACUCUUGACACGACGUUGUCUGAUUGGUGCAUGUUUAUCUGCGACGCUCAAAAACUUAUUUUUAAAAUCGUUCCAUAAGGCAUUUGGGUCAGUUAAAAUAGCUUAAUCCAAGGGUUCUCGACAACCGGUUUCGUAUUACAUUUCGAUACAAUUUUUCUAAUAUAAAUAUCUCGGCGAGUAUUUACCCCCCUAUUAAAUAAAUGCCACCAUUGAAAUCCUCACAAUAUAACCUUUUGAACGGGGGGUCAAGUGCCGUCAAAACAUUACACAAACCGAAACAAUCAUAUAUUUAUACUCACCGCUUCGCCAAACAUUCAAACGAGAAAAUUAGAAAAAGUUGAAUAUAUUCUAAACUUUGGUGUCAUUUCCUGAAAGGAUAUAUGUGUAAAAUACUCUUUGUAUUCAAGCGCUUUCGUGUAGAAAGUUUCGUAUGUAUACGCCGAAUAGAAAUAUUUAUUUUGAAUUUUUAAAGUAUCGGGUUUUACUAGCACGCGCUUGUAUUACGUAAUACUUGGCCAAUAAGGAGCUCCCUUUAGCCGGGAUGACGUAGCCUGCAUGGCAGGCGGUACGUAGGAAAUACCGCCUGCCGCAAAACUGGGUGUAAAUGAACUACCGCCCCUGAAGCAUCAACGCUAUUUAUAGAUGCAUUAAUUAAGUAAAUAUUCAAAAUUAGCCACUCCCAAGUCCCAACUGCCCAACAUAAAAUAAAUUCCUUGAUUCUCAUUACCGCCCGACUGAAUUUUAAAACCCUCGUGAAAACGUUUUAUAUUUCGUUAUACAAUAUAAAUGUACCGCCCGACAAAAUAAUUCGAGACAGUUAAUUUUUUUAUAUUUUAUGUAGAGUUUUUAUUGCCAUUUUAAACUUCCAAUUUGAAACAAACAGAAUUUUGAAUGAAAUUUCUUUGUAUUUUAAAGAAACUCAGUCAUUCUGUCAUUGUUCGUGGAGAUACGAACUAUUGAUAUAUAAAUUAUAUAAAUAUAAAAUAUAAAAAAUAAAUCUCCCACUGUCUUCGACAUUUCAAAGUGUAGACUGUGUCUAGUGAUGAGAAUCAAGGAAUCUGCCUUAAAACGGUGGUUUAAUAAGCUCAAAAUACAAAGCAUGCAAGUCUAUACUAUAGAUUCAUCAUCAGUCAACAACCAAACUGAAAGUAUUGAACCUUAUAGAACGAUAGUUUUUAUUUGUUUACAACUAUACAUAUUCAACGGGUAUAUAAGAGUUUAACUGUUAUUUGAUAAUUACUGCAUCAACCGGCCCCUUGUUUAUACUUUGGAGGUUCGUAUAUAUUAAUAUCUAUCAAGUAUCUUUGGUUCAGAACAUGACGAUUCAGUGAAGAAAUAUCUCCUAAUUUCUAUCGUUUUAGUAAAAUGUCAACAUUAUUGCGAUUUAUGGCCUUUGAAAGUCAAGCGAGAUAGUAUAUUAUCAAAUUAAUACGCAUGUAAUUGUCUGAACGAAAAUAUAGACUAGCCCAUACCUUUCGCCGAUCAUAACUUCGGCCCCUUCGGACGUAUCUUCUUUGUUAAAUAUUCUUGUUCGAAUCUCUAUCAAAAACACUACUUAGAGUGUUAUUUUUCAGCUUGUAUCUUUUAAUUUGCUUCUUUUAUUAUGUUAUUCCAUUUCUGGUCUGACUUGACGUGAACUAAUUUCAAAACGCAGAGGUCCUUAUUCUGUGGCAGAGUUUCAAAACGUCAAAACAUUUGGUUAAUGAUUAACAUUUAAGCGAAUUUAGCCGUUGAUUGACAACUACAUAAAAAUACUAACCAAUCCGUUUUUCCCGUUCACCAGCGGACGGGUAAUUCAAAAACCCCUAGUUUUGCGGCAGACGUAGCCUGCAUGGCAGGCGGUACUUAGGAAAUACCGCCUGCCGCAAAACUGGGUGUAAAUGAACUACCGCCCCUGAAGCAUCAACGCUAUAUAUAGAUGCAUUAAAUAUUCAAAAUUAGCCACUCCCAAGCUGCUCCCAAGUCCCAACUGCCCAACAUAAAAUAAAUUCCUUGAUUCUCAUCACCGCCCGACUGAAUUUUAAAAUCCUCGUGAAAACGUUUUAUUUUUCGUUAUACAAUAUAAAUGUACCGCCCGACAAAAUAAUUCAAGACAGUUAAUUUUUUCAUAUUUUAUAUAGAGUUUUAUUGCCAUUUUAAACUUCCAAUUUGAAACAAACAGAAUUUUGAGUGAAAUUUCAUUGUAUUUUAAAGAAACUCAGUCAUUCUGUCAUUGUUUGUGGAGAUACGAACUAUUGAUAUAUAAAUUAUAUAAAUAUAAAAUAUAAAAAAUAAAUCUCCCACUGUCUUCGACAUUUCAAAGUGUAGACUGUGUCUAGUGAUGAGAAUCAAGGAAUUUAUUUAUGUGUUAAUAUAAACCAAGCCCGUUUAGCCGUUUAGCUGCCUUAAAACGGUGGUUUAAUAAGCUCAAAAUACAAAGCAUGCAAGUCUAUACUAUAGAUUCAUCAUCAGUCAACAACCAAACUGAAAGUAUUGAACCUUAUAGAACGAUAGUUUUUAUUUGUUUACAACUAUACAUAUUCAACGGGUAUAUAAGAGUUUAACUGUUAUUUGAUAAUUACUGCAUCAACCGGCCCCUUGUUUAUACUUUGGAGGUUCGUAUAUAUUAAUAUCUAUCAAGUAUCUUUGGUUCAGAACAUGACUGAUAGGCCUAUAUGGAAAUCCCACUGUUCGAUUCAGUGAAGAAAUAUCUCCUAAUUUCUAUCGAUAGUUUUAGUAAAAUGUCAACAUUAUUGCGAUUUAUGGCCUUUGAAAGUCAAGCGAGAUAGUAUAUUAUCAAAUUAAUACGCAUGUAAUUGUCUGAACGAAAAUAUAGACUAGCCCAUACCUUUCGCCGAUCAUAACUUCGGCCCCUUCGGACGUAUCUUCUUUGUUAAAUAUUCUUGUUCGAAUCUCUAUCAAAAACACUAUUUAGAGUGUUAUUUUUCAGCUUGUAUCUUUUAAUUUGCUUCUUUUAUUAUGUUAUUCCAUUUCUGGUCUGACUUGACGUGAACUAAUUUCAAAACGCAGAGUUUCAAAACGUCAAAACAUUUGGUUAAUGAUUAACAUUUAACCGAAUUUAGCCGCUGAUUGACAACUACAUAAAAAUACUAACCAAUCCGUUUUUCCCGUUCACCAGCGGACGGGUAAUUCAAAAACCCCUAGUUUUGCGGCAGACGGUAUUUCCUUUGCUUCCCUAAUUUUCGCUGCCCGUAGAAAUACCGCCUGCCAUGCAGGCUACGGCAGACGGUAUUUCCUUUGCUUCCCUAAUUUUCGCUGCCCGUAGAAAUACCGCCUGCCAUGCAGGCUAGGGAUGACGUAAAACUCACGCGUAUGGGUGCACUUUGACCUGUAGAAUCCAUUUCUGGCAUUUCCAGAGUCACGCGAUACAAGCGUAGCAUUGUUUUGACGGGUUUUCGUCGUAUUUCCGGUUGGGAUUAACGCAUAUUCGGAGCAGAAAUACAAAAUUCGGCACUAAAUGUCGAACUUUAAAGACAGAAGCUUGAAAAUAACACUAUACGUGUUAUUUUUGACUUCUGAAUCGAUCAAGACGAUCAGAAUGAGCAUACGUCUCAAUGGGACGAAGUUAUAUUCGGCGAAAGGUAUGUUUAUGUUUAUAAUUUGUCAGUAAUAUUGCGUAAUUUGAUCAUAUUUAUUCAUAUGCGAGCUCGUUUGACUUUCAAAGCUCAUAAAUCGCUAUAAUGUUGCCAUUCACUAAAUCUAUCGAUAGGAAUGAGUAGCUAUCGUUACACUGAAUCGAAUGGUGGUAUUUUGGUCCACGUAGCAUUUACCGAACUGAAGAUAUGAACCGCAAAAAUGAUAAAUCAUGAGUGAUUUGUUUAAUGGGGACCUGUCGGGAAAGAGUUUUAAACUGGUUAACAUUAUAAUUUUUAUAAUGGCUAGUAAAGACAGUUUUUGGUGGCGCCUUAGGAAUGCUGAGCUUUCGACACAGAUAAACAAGACUAUGGUCACUGAUACCAAGGUGUAUUACUCCUGUAUCUAAUAUUUUAUCAUCACCAUAAUAAGUGAGGAUAAUAUCCAGUAGUGAUGCUGUUGUACUAGUAAUUCUCGUGGGACACUGUACAGUGUAUGUGUUGCUGUAAUUGAUAAAUGUCAAUCAGGUCAACUAGUUUAGAAGUAGGCAAACUUUUGUUCUGCUCAAGAAUGUUACAAUUGAGAUCUCCGGUUAUGAUAAUUUCUUUAUUUUCGUCCUCAAGUAGUUUUAAAAAAUUUUCAAAUUCGCUAAACAGCUCAACGCUGGAAUUUGGUGGUCUGUACCAUGUUGUAAUUAACUGAGGUUUACUUUUAAAUUUUUUAAUUUCUACGCAAAUCAACUCUAAAUUAUCAGGGAAGAGGUCUUUGCGAAUGGUGUAUGGUAUGUUGCUUCUAAUAUAUAUUGCAACACCUCCUCCGCUUCUGUUUCGAUCACGCCUAACAAUAUCAUAACCAGGAAUUUCAAUUUCACCGUUUAGUACGCUACUAUCUAAUCUAGUUUCGUUAAGCGUUAUAAUGUCAAAAAGUUUGUUUUGCAUAUAUAGCAAAAGCUCAUCAUAGUGUUUUAUCAAACUUGCUAUAUUUAGAUGACAUACUUUAAACCCUUUAAGUUUAGGAAAAAGAGAGCCGCUAGCGUGUGAUUGUUGUCUAUUUACAUCAUUACCCAGAGGGCUAUUAGCAUUAUUGGCAUUAUCGUUUUCAAUGGAAUUAAACCUCUGUAUAUUACUAUCAUCUGAGGGAGUAAUAUUAUUUUGAUUGUUCGUUUGUCAAUUUAAGUUUUUGAAAUGAUCUAUAAUAUUCUUGGCCAACUUGGCUGUUCCUUGCUUAUUUAAGUGGAGACCAUAAGGAUUCAAGUGGUCUGCUGUAAUAUUGGUAUGAUUUAAUACACCCCAUUUAUUAUUAUGGCAUACCUGUGAUAGUUUGCAAUUUACAAGAUCAUCAAAAUAGGGACAUUUAGUGACAAAAACCUUUUAAAACUUGUUUAUUUUUUGUUAAAAGUUCUUGUUAUAAUUCACAAAUAAAAAAUAUUUUUAAAGAGCGCCGCCCCCGAGUGAGCGCCGCCCCCGAAUUAGCGCCGCAUCUGAAGCUCGGAAAAUUUAAAGAGCGCCGCGGCGCUCAAACGAGUAAAUACGGUAUCUGCAUUUAAUGUUUUCGUUUCCAUAAUGAGUUAAUGAUGAUAAUCCAAAAACAAUAUAAAAUGCAUGAAAAAUCACAAUCAUAGGAAAGUGUAGAAUAUUCUAGAUGCUCUUGAAUGGGUUCUAGAUACUUCUUUCCCGGGAUUGGGAUAAUUAGUUGGUUGUAGUUUCUGUAUGGAAAAUGACGUGUUUGGAAAACUAGUUCAACUACUUGCUAAAUGCAAUGCUUUUUGUUUAUGUUAACAGAAGCUGUAGAAAAGUCCACAACUGCGACAUCGAGUACACUUAGGUUCUCAUUAAAAAUUCCAUCAGGGCGUUUCAAGUAAGUAUCGUUUGUAGAUUUAAGUUGCAUUUAUUUAUGUGAUUAACUAUAACAAAUUAAUUCCGUAUUCUUGAAUUUCAAUCAUGUGAUGUCUUGGUAAAUUAAAUUUGACGGGGAGGGGGGUGUAAAAGAAUCAUAAUGGUGGUAAGUAAUUCCAACGCCGAGAUCAACGCCUGUUAUGUAAAUGAAUUAUAACCGACUAUUUUUAUACGUCAGAAGACAAUGUUCGCGGCAACCUCGUUUCCAGCGUCUUUAAUAAAGACCCUGGUAUGGGCUGGUCACGUACCUCGUCAAAAUUGAGCGGCGAGGGGGUGUGGAGAAAGUAUCACAUUACAUGCUUCCUAUUGGAUAUUAUAAAAACAUAAAUUUUGUGAAUUAUUAAUUAAGUUCAAAAUACUCGCUAAUUUUUGUUUAUUUUUUUUUUGCUUUGAAUUUACAAGAACCUCUCGAGUCACGACUUGUAUAUAUUCAAUGCUCUCUUAAUUCACACUCGAGCGCGGUUUUAUAACAAACGUUUAUGGGCUUUUCAGACUUCAGUGGUCAUCAUUUCUACAUAUGUAAUGUUUUUAAAAGACGCCAUUAGAUUUGUCCUUUCUUGUAAACGUUGAUAUGCUUUGCAACGAUUUACUUGUUACUACGUGUUUUGUUUAUAAGAUUUUUAAAACGGAAACAGUAUUGUAUUGUCUGAGACUAGAGCCCAAUAUUAGCAAAUGUAAACAUUUAAUUUGAUACUAGCCAAGCAGAUAAAUUGCUGUCAGUGAUUUAUCUUUAAAAUUUUGGAUUUCGUACAUAAUUCUUAUUCGGUAAUUAUAGCCAUGCUUUAGCCUUUUUCAAGGUCUCUAUUAAUCUUAAUAUUUUGCUAAAUUUAAAGUGUCAGACGCGCACAGACUGCAUAUAAUAUGAAUAGACAUAAAUUUUCGAUUUUUCUACUUCUACCAACAUUUUUAAAGUUUCCAUUACGAAUCAUCUGUUUAUUUCUAGUUCAUUAGUCAUUAUGCUCUAAAAAACAAGGCUCUCAAAUAUAUUUGUAUAUUUAUUUGAUAGUGUCAUAGUGAUACAUCAUUUACCAGCAAUCCUGCAUGGACAUGAUAGAGACGAUACAAGCUGUCCUUUAAAAAAUAACGGUAUUCUAUUGCACAAAGCAAAAACUUAAAUCUCACUUGUAUUACUAAGAAUAUAUAUAAAGCAAAAAAUUUAAACUUGUGGCAAAACGAAAGCAGUGGCGUAGCCAGAACGAUAAUUGGGGGGGGGGGGGCAUAUUCAUAUAUCCGUGUAAUAUUCAUAUAUCCUUGAAAAUAACGAAGGUAACGGCUCUUUGCAAACAUCAUUUAUUUCUAAAACCGCUUCAAUGAUUACUCCAGGCCGCUGCAACAAUGUUCAGGCACAGGUACCCAUUAUUGAAGAGAAUAACAAUUUGCAAUCUCACGUAAAAUUGAUUCCCCAAAACCGAGGCUUUAAAAUAGCUUGUUUAAAUAUUACUAGCCUGCAUAAGCACAUUGACGAACUUAGAAUUUGCUUAAAUGACCGCGAGGUCGAUAUACUGGCAAUUAACGAAACUAGGCUUGAACGUGAUUUCCCAAAAGAACUAAUUUCUAUUUACGGAUAUACAAUUGGAUUGGUAGAGAUAGAAAUAGGCAUGGUGUGGGAUCGGUUUUUACAUAAGAGAUACGUUAAACUAUCGUGUAAGAUUGGAUCUAAACAAUACUGAUAUUGAAGUAUUAACUAUUGAAAUAUCUAAAUAUAAAACCAAACCUUUUCUUGUUACUACCUGGUACAGACCGCCAAACACACCAAUUGAGAAAUUUCAAGAGUUUGAGAAGCUCUUACAAUAUAUUGAUUUAGAAGACAAGGAGAGUAUUAUUUUGGGUGGUUUAAAUUGUGACCUAAUUCUCGAAUUCACAAACGACUGUAAUACAAAUGAACUUAAUUUUGUUACAAAUAUGUAUCAAUACAAACAGUUAAUCCAAGAGCCAACUAGAAUUACAAGAAAUACCAAAUCCCUUAUUGAUCAUCUUUUCACAAAUAAGCCAGAAAACAUUAUACUUACAUGAGUUUCCAAAAUAGCCAUCCGUGACCAUUAUUUAAUUUACGGAGUACGGAAAUUUCCAUCUUUGAAAGCAAAUACAUGUAAGAAUAAUAGAAUUUCGAGAUUUUAAAAAUUUGAACGAACGUACAUUCUUAGACGAUAUAAGAACAAUUGGCACAUUGAACCUUCGCCAAUACGCAAGUGCAAAUGAAAUGUGGCUUGUUUGGAAAGAAAAUUUUACGAAAAUUUGUGACAAGCAUGCUCCAAUAAAAAGACGUAAAAUACGAAAUAAAUCUAAUCCUUGGAUUACUGAACAACUUUUACAUGAAAAAAGGCAUAAGAAUUAUUUAAAGCAGAGCGAAGGCCUGCAAAACUGGUAAUUUGAACGAUUGGGAAAAUUACAAAUAUACCAGGAACAAUUAUAACAAACUCAUCAAGAAUACAAUAAAAAGUCAUUUUUCUAAUGAUAUUCAAAAUAACAAUGGCAUUUGAAGAAAACGUGGAAAAGCAUAAAUCAAUGCCUGAACAGAAAUCCUAAAUCUAAUAAAAUAGUGCUUAUUAAAACACCAACGAGCAAGAUAUUAAAUCCGAAGACAUGGCUAAUGCAUUUAACGAACAUUUUAUCAAUAUUGGCAGUAACCUGGCUCAAUUAAUUCCUCAAACUAAUUAUCCACCUGAGUAUUACAUUAAUAGUGUGGACAAAAUAUUCACUCUUCGAGAAAUAACUGAAGAAGAGCUACUUACACUCUUACUAAACAUGUCAACCAAUAAAGCAACUGGUAUGGAUAGUCUAUCUAUUAAACUAGUGAAGUUAUCAGCUCCUUUAAUAACACAUGCAAUGACCGUAAUAUUUAACAAAUCAAUUGUGUCUGGAACCUUUCCAUGCGAAUGGAAAAUCUCAAAAAUUACCCCUGUUUAUAAGACUGGACCAAAGGAAGGACACGAACAACUACAGACCGAUAUCUAUCAUUUUUAUUGUUGCAAAAACAAUGGAAAAGUUGGUCUAUAACCAACUCUAUGAAUAUUUUAUAAAAAAUGACAUGCUUACAAAUUCUCAACAUUGUUUUAGACCUAAUCAUUCCACAGUUACUGCAAUGUUGGAAAUUACGAACAAAUGGUUUGAUAAUAUUGAUAUCGGCCAAUUAAAUGGGGUGGUAUUUCUUGAUCUUAAGAAAGCAUUCGAUACUGUAGAUCAUAAAAUACUACUACAUAAAUUACAUCUUUAUUGGAUAAAAGGAAUUGCUCUUCAUUGGUUCAGAUCUUACUUAUCAAACCCACCCACUGGAAAUUAUCUGCGGUAUACCUCAAGGGUCCAUACUUGGACCACUAUUGUUUCUUAUAUACGUUAACGACCUUCCCAAUUGCUUAAUUAAAACAUAGAAGAUGCAAUAUGUUCGCUGAUGAUACACAAAUUGAUACAUCUAGCAAUAAUAUUGAUUCGAUUCCUAACAUUUCGAAUGAAGAUUUGACAAACGUUUCUGAUUGGAAGAAGGCAAACAAAUUAAGCCUAAAUGCUAGUAAAACAGAAUACAUGGUUAUCGGCUCUCAUAAAAGGCUUCACCAGACUCAAAGUGAUCCACCAAUCACUUUGGGCGCCAAUCAUAUAAAAAGAGUCAAAGUUACAAAAUCACUUGGAUUAAUGAUCGAUGAGACUUUAUCUUGGGUUGAACAGGUUACACUAAUUACGAAAAAAGUAAACAAGGGCUUAAAUGUCAUGCGGAGAUUAAGGGAUUUCUUUGACAUAAAAAUAUUAACUACCGUUUAUCAAACUUUAGUACAACCUCAUUUCGAUUAUUGUUCCCAAGUUUGGGGAGGCCUUGGUACCACACUUUGUAAUAAACUUCAGCGAUUACAAAAUAGAGCUGUCCGUAUCAUUACAAAGAGUGGGUACGAAGUUCGAUCUGUAAAUUUACUACAACAACUUGGUCUUCCCAACCUUGAGGAAAGAAGAAAUCAACAAGUAAAUACAUUAAUGUACAAAGUUAGACACGAAAUGGCCCCUUCUUCCUUAUAAGUAAUAUGUUUCAAAAAACGAACGAGGUCCAUGAACACCAAACGAGACAAGCCAAACAUGAUUUCCUACCACCGAAGCCUAAAACAAAUUACCUGAAAAAGGCAUUUAGUUAUAGAGGUGCAGUGGCCUGGAAUAAUCUACCAAGUGAAAUUAAAAAUUCUGAAACUGUUAAUAUUUUUAAAGCAAAACUCAAGACCACCAAUUGAGAGUACAUUUUAAUAUUGUUAGUAUUUGUUACAUGAGUAAGUAAUAUGUAUGUCGAAUAGUCUAUAUGUAUAUGUAUAUGUAUAUUGUAGAUAGUGUUAUAUGAUAGUUAAACACACAGCCUAUUGGAAGAUCACAUUUUUCUUUUCCUUCUCUUUUAUACAUAAUUAACUUAAUGUAAGUAGUUUGUGAAAUAGUACCGUGUUUAAAUAAAGUUUAAUAAUAAUAAUAAUAAUAAUGAAAACUUUAUUGAAUUUUUUACAUAUAUAUACAAUUGUAAAUCUCACCACUGACUUAGGUAAUUUACAAUUGGCUACAUGAAUCACAGAGUACUACAUAUGUACUAUUUACAGUAAAAACAAGAAUAAAAUGGGUAUAUGAUUAUAUAUAUUGUUAUAUGUAGUUAUUAAUUUAAAUGUUUAACAAUUCAGGGUUUGUCCACUCUUUGUUUCGACAGCAAAAAAAUAAAAAUAAUAAUAAUAAUAAUAAUAAUAAUAAUAAUAAUAAUAACAUACCAUAAAAACAAUUGAUUUCAAAAGAAAUUAAUAAAGCAGAACACGAAUAUAUGAAUAUGUGCCCUCCCAAUUAUCGUUCUGGCUACGGCACUGUCUGGUAUCUCCUUCUAACUAAUCCAAUCACUCUUUCGACGUGCGUGUGCACACUUGAAAUCUUUCGAGUUUCUUCGACCUCCUGUACAGAUAAACUUUCCCCUGGUGAAUGAUGGAAUCUUAAGAGACGCAGCAUACAAACCGACACUGUCCUCAAUAUCCCUUGCUAAAAGUUUUUUUAAAAUACAACUCUCUUCUGUACUAUUGUUUUGUCACUUGUUCUUCGAAUUCCUCCCCGGGUGCAAUUCCAAUUAAAAGUUGACAGUAUUGUGGUGUUUAUAUUGUGACCAUAUUUGAGCUCUUGCUAAAAGAUUAGAAGGUUAUUCCAUAAACAACUGAAAGCAAUCAAUGAUAACUACAACUUUUGUACCAAAGGUUUUUGAAACAUUUAUCCACUUAUACCAUCUCCUAGAGACCGUAUAGGCUUUGAGAUGCCAAAUCUGUAUGCCAGAUCUUUAAGAGAUAUAUGUAAUUCAGACGUAGUCUCAUCAAAACAAGAAUAAACUGUUCAAAUUUUGCAAGCACUCUAAGUGAUGUGGUGGAAAUGUAAUUUUUACGAAGAAGAGAAACCUGCAUCAACAGCAGAAAGUUUGGUAGGCUUGUACAGUGUAUUGUUUUUUUUCAUUAUCUUUAAGACUGUUCGUUUAAUUUUGAAUUCAGGCCUUUUGAUCGCAAUUCGUACAGUUCUGAUCUCACGUUUUUGUCUUUUUCUUCAAUUCCUAUAAUAUCCUUUAUGGUAAUGUCUGUAUGGCAACUAAUUUCAUUAUUAAAGUCAAUAGUUGGCAGCUCAUGAUGGCUGAUGAUCACUUCACCAAUUAAACUUAAAGUAUAGCCUCAGGCUCAGUAGGACUCAAAGCCAAUGUCACGAUUUCUCCUUUACGUUUAUUUUCCUUCGGCAAUCGAAAGAAAAUCUUCUCCGUUUCGCUAUUAGAGCGGUUAGUGCAAAACAAAUAUGUUGCAGCAUUUCAAUCAAAACAAAACAAAAAAUAUAAUGCGCUUGUCCUUUCAACUCUUGAUUAGCCUGCAAUCUGGGUAGCUUGACACCCCACAUUGAGCCCCCGUCAAAUAUUUAAUUCGCCACUGUGACGUCAUAUGAAACCCAAAAUUUAGUUUCGUUUAAAGGGGCAGUAUGAUCAAAAUUUUUAUUUUCUUAAACGAAAGUCUCGUAAAACUAACUUGUUUUGAAGAUUUUGCUUCCCAAGCUCAGUUCUUAAGAUAUUUCAUUUUGUUUGUAACCAUGUGACGUCAUCUACUCAAUUACAUAUAUAAUAAGAUAUCAGUAAUUGUUGUGUAUCUUUGCUAUUUUUACCUAAAUAUUUCGAAAGAUGCGGCGCGUUUGUUAAUUUAACGUACAUCGUUAAGCAUACUGUGUUUUUUUUUUAACAAAUCGAUUAAAAAUAGCAAAGAUACACAACAAUUACUGAUAUCUCAUUACAUAUGUAAUUGAGUAGAUUACGUCAUAUGGUUACAAACUAAAGAAAUAUUUCAAGAACUAACUUCACAACAAGUUAUUAUACAGUUGUACGAGCAUUUUCGUUUAAGCUUUGGUUUAGGAGAAUAAAAAUUUUGAUCAUACUGCCCCUUUAAAUAAAAACAUUAAUUGCAUCAGAUCGCCCGCAUAAACCCAUUCUCCUAAGGAAUUUGGUCAGGACGAAAGCUUAUCAAAAUAAAAGUCAAAAAUGUAAAUUAAUAAAAAUGUUAGUGACUAGACGGUUUUAAAGCACAUAUACAUAUUUCCUUAGAUAUUUUCAAUUUGAUGUGUUAACUAGAAAUACAUGCAUGCAGCAACCCUUCGCCUAUAUUUGCCAGACAUUGGUAUUAAGAAUUAGCCAACACUGAACGCAGGCUCGCGUUGUGACGUUAAUUAAGUGUUGCCUUUGCAUCUUAAUUUUUUAACUUUUUUUUGUAUAAAACGGCAAAUUGAAAUAGUUGAAAGAUUAGUACUUUUAAUUGUAUAAUAAUGAAUUUCCGAAGUACGUACUGUUGGUAUGUUAUUUUGCAAUUUGAGAGCUAUGUUUUAAUGUGUUUUUAUAAUACAAUCGUCAAUGUUUGCUGCAGAGCGAUGUAAAACAGUCGUUACUAAUCGGAAACCUGAUUUGAAUCUCAAUCAUUGUAGUAUUUCCAUUGAAAAAGUGUUUUUCUUGCAUAUUUUCCCCCAAAACAAACUUUCAUCCGAAUUUUUUCACUCCUCGAAACUCUCCGUUAAUCCUUUUGAAAGCUGGUUUUCCGCGUGUCGGCUUAAACGAAUCAUAGGUUUUCAUCAUAGAGUUAUCAUUCCAGUUUACAUAUUGUGCAAUGCUCAUAAUACCUACAGUAUUCGGUUCCAGUCAAUAAUUGGCGAUAAAAAAUAUUCACGGACGUGAUUGAAGGAUCUAUAAUUACCUCAAAAAUCUGAAGACAACUUUAACGUUUUCAGCCACGGACCUUCGUCUGAAAGUUAGUUGGAAAAGUACUAAACAAAAUACUGCCGCAUAAACAAUGUGAAAAGUAAAAAAGCAUCUCACUUUUGCCUUUAAAAAUGUAUACCUAAGAAAACAACUAGACAAACUCAGAACUCGCGACAAAAAUAGCCCGGUUUUUCUGGUUACUCAAUUCAAUCCUGACACUUUAUAGCUAUUUAUAAUAUAAGUGUGAUAUAACAGACAAUUUGAUUGGCUAAUGCGCGUGCAUUGUGCCACAAUAACGCACUGUGAUCUGUGGCACUGUUUUGCUCUUUCUCUGCCCCCCCCCCCCCUUCAUCACUGCUUCUUAGCCAAAAAUUUAAACAAAACUAUAGAGCUUUUAAAAUACAAAAUGUAUCAGAAAGCAAGAAGGAAUAGAUCAGAUGAACAAAGCAAUUUUUCUAUAGUUCUACGUGUAAAUUAACCGGCUUGGCAUUCGUCGAAUUUGUUGUUGUCUCGACAGGUUUUGGACAAAAGCGUGCAAAAGAGCCGAGAAAAAAUUUAAGAAAGAUACAGGAAUACCAAAACAUAGAAAAAGGCAACAAAAGUGAUUUAGAAAGUACCUUCAGUUCUUCUGAUAACAACUGCUAGAUAUAUUUUCGGCGAAAGACAAAAAAUACAAUAAUUUUGAAAAUUAAAACUGAGCAACACGACGAAACCUACGAUUUAACGUCUUUCAUGGCAAAUCCACCAGUCCAGAUGCUGAAAAACUUUGGCAAAUUAGUCUGUGUAUCACUGUUUUUAUUUUCAGCAUCUCAAACAAUUUUUCCAGUUUUAAAGCAUCAAAAGUUUGUAUUGUUUUUGAAAUUUCGCUCCUUCGCUCUCUUAAAAAUUCAAGCGACAGUAAAAGCAUACGCGUGACGUCACUGGGCACAUGUUAGGAGAUUUUCAACGUCGAUCUUUGGAGUAAAAUUGUUUACUAUGUAAUAUAUUCUACUUAUAUUAUAAAAGAAAUAGAAAUACUCGUCCCGUGCGUUUAUAGUGCGAAAAUGCACUCGGGGAAUGUUAGGAGAGUACUCGAGAAGCGUGUAAAACACUCGGCUACACCUCGAGUUUUACACACUUCUCUCGUAUUCUCCCAACAUUUACAUUCUUCGCGUGCAUUAUCACACCUUAAACGCACGCGACUCACUGUCUAUUUCUUAAAUAUUUAUUGCUAUAGCACAACUUCCAUUCCCGCAUUACAAUUUUGACAACUCAAUAGGUCCGAGAAAUAUUCCGGUUAAGAAAUGCGGAAAGCAAAUUUCUUGCAACUGCGAGCUUUGCUGAAUUACGAAGAAAGCAGCUAGAACUGAUCUAGUCGAAGACUUACUAAGGGCGCCUCUGGUUGCCACCGUAUACGUCGUAUCUGAUCACUGAUGACAGUUAUGAUGGAAGGGUUUGUUGCUAUGACAGGAAACGGGAGUGCCGUCGAAACACCCACGGCUUUCGCCUUUUGGUAUGCUGUUGAUUAUCUUUUCACAUGAAUGUCAUGAAUCUGCAGGAAUUUGAAGGCCUAGUUCAAACAACGCCGCGGAAAAACGUCUGCGCAUGCGCGUGUACUAGAAAAAAUGGCGGAUAAUUUAUUUAAAUUAUGCAAAAACAUGGGUAUUUAGUUAUUUAAGGAGAAUGAAACAAGCAAAAAAUACACUGAACAGGCAGUUUAGAUAUUAAUAAAAAGUUUUCUGUAACAUUCAAAAUCUAAAAAAAAAACAGAAUUUAAAUUAAAAAUUUUCGUUUUAAACCCGGAGGCGUCUGAACAUUUCUUGAAAAAUUGUCGAAUACCGAACUUAAGACACAAAAGAUAAGCAAACUGUCAAAGAGUUAAGCAUUUGAAAACGCUCGCUUAAUUAUAGUUGUAGAGUAAAUCAUGACUCUUAAAUGUAGUCAGUGCAAAAUUGUACAUGCCAAGGCAAAAAGUUAUUGAGAAAAAUGUGAAUCGAAAAAAAUCUUUGUAUGGUUCAGUUAAUUAAUUAAAGAAACUUUUAUACAAUAAAUUUAUCGACAGUUCAUUUUAUUGCAUAACACUACUACUUGCACAUGUAGACUGUAGUUAUUUCUAGUGUCUGUGGUGGAUGCGACACCCCCCCCCCCUCCCCCGCCGCUAAUGGUGUAAUAUUACAGUUUGUCGGGCAAUGUUAGCAAUUUUAACACGCUCGUCGGCAAAAAAAUGUAAUUCAGCAAAGGAUUUUACAUAAUUAUUUGAAAAGUAAUAAUUGUAGGAAAAAAUUACUGAAAAAUUGUACAAAUUUUGAUAAGUUGGUGAAAAAUGCUAUGUCCGAAAUUGUUUCUAUCCUCCAAUGCGUACGAAAACUAAACUAAAACUGUAAACGUUUCUUGGGAGGAGAAAAGUACUGCUUUUUAGUUCAAAAUGUCAAAGAGAUGUUGUUUCUGAUUUAUUUAAUUUAGCCAUAUAUAUGUGGUCGCUUUGAAAAUAAUAAAAGGAAAGCAACCCAAGUCACCCGGCAGCUACAGAAACAACGAGUUGGUUACCUAUUCUGAGGUAGAAAAAUCAACAGAACCAAGACCGUAUGUUGCUUCCGUAUUUUCCGCCAGUGAUCUUGAAAGUGAUAUAUUCGUUCUUGGUGAUGGCAAAAAUACAACUUAUUCUAAAGGACGCAAUCUUAGAUCUCUAACAAGUGAAUUCUAUAAUGCACCACUGGAAGGCGGUAGCACUUACAGUAUAUUUCAACGGGUUUUUGUUGAUGAUAAGGUAUUAGUAUAUUGAUAAGUCACAUUCAUUCCAGUACAUUUCGUAUAAUAGCUAAUUACUCUUUGAAGAAAACUUGUCAUAGUAAAAUCUUCUUUUUAAUCUUCUUUAGUUCAGCUUUUCGUAUUACGAUCUAUACCGUUAAUAUAAUAUUUCCUUUUUUACCCAUAGGGUGAUUACUACUCUACCGAGUGGAGCCCUGCUUCAAGAACAAAUUAUUAUCAAGGUAAUUAUUCCAAAACAAGUUGAUUUAUUAACUCAGACAUUGUUAUUAUAUUCUCAAUGUAGCUUAUUAUAAAUAUCUUUAAUACACUUUGCACUGUCCAAAUAAGUAGAUACGACGCGCACAUUCAGAAUGAGAAAUUCUUCGAAGAAAAUUAAAGUGGAUGUUCUGUACGCUGUUUAUUAAGUUAAGACGAUCCAUGCAAAUGCAGCAAUGGAAGGAAGUGGAACACAAAUGAAUGGUGAAAACUAUAAAUAUUCACUAAUCUAUCGUAUUUUGUAUGUUUAUAAGGUCAUCCUGAAGUAUUGACUAACAUAUCCAGCGUUGACGUAAUGGCCAAGAUAGGUAAUCAUGUCAACUUGCUUUGCGCAGCUGAAGGUGAACCUCCAAUAUCGUUUCGAUGGGAAAAGGCCAAAUCACCUAUCAAAAGCAUUCUGGAAACAGACAAGCCGUAUCAUAGUUCACUAGUUGUUCUCAAAAUGAGAGACCUUUCAAGCUUUGGAGAAUAUACAUGCCAUGUCCGAGAUCGAUUCAGCACCGUGUCUCAUACAAUUCAGAUAUGGAAUAUAGGUAAGCGGGUACAUCUUUUGUAGUUUUAACAUGACAUGUUUUACAUUGAUUAACACGACUUUUUAAAACUUUUCCUUCUUGUCCUAGUUAAUGUAAAACUGUGA